AUGAUAGAUGAUGCAAUUACGAGAGAUGAACGUUCAGUGGUAUAUUUUAUUGAUCCAGCGGAGAGGAACGUUCCACUGCUUGAAUUAAUUCGUUGUGGAGAAUUCGUAACGUUACAGGGGCCACGAUCCUCUGGAAAAUCUACACGAGUUCUCGAAGUUCAAAACCAAUUGCAAAACGAAGGCUUUAUUUGCAUUUAUGUAUGUUUUGAGCAAAUCAAUAUGGAUAGCGUGGAUGACUUCUGGUAG